AUGACUGGCGACGACAUCUCUUCGGACCUCCUGCAGCUGAUCCUGCCGGCUCCCUUUUCUUCUAUGCAGGGGUUCACGACUGCUGUUGUCGACGCAUACGUCUUCGCGGAGAGCUACACAGGUCUCAGCAGCGACGUCUCCCAGGUCAAGAGAGAUGACUUGCAGAUGAUUGAGCUCCUUCGCUGGAUCAAGGGCAUCUCUCUGCCAAAGGACAUUCCUCAGGAUGAGCUGAGUCAAGUCGUAUGGCUGGAGAUUCAUAUUCUCGAAAGAAUCAGGACCCGAGAGAAGGAGGGUGCAUGGGUCCUACUUGGGUUCAUCAUGCUGUCCAAGAAGGUCGUCUCCGGCCAAUGGCCUGCUUGUUGCAUUGCAGCUGUGCGUCUGGCUGUACUCAGUCAUCAGUACGCCAUGUACGAGAGGCAAGAUUGGGAUGCACACGUCGCUGGCCUGAUCAACCAGUACCCGCGACUUGACGUGGACCCGCUUGGCCAAGCGUGUCUUGCCUACCUCGCGCUGACCACCAGCAAUCCCACAGAGACCAUGUCCCAGAACCUCUCUCCAGCCCUUGUCCAAGCAACCUUUGAUCACUCAAUCCGCAUCCCCGGCCUGGUAGCUCUCCUGGAACCCGUCAGCCGAAAUGUUGCUCUGGAGUAUGUUGGUGAUGUCCUUCAGGUUGUCAUUGUGAGACGCGGGGAUGACGAAGUCGUGUUCUCCCGGCCUCCGGACAAUGUGGGAUGGGAUCUUUCCAAGCAGCGACUCGGUGUAACUCUCACUUCAGGCGAGAGAGAGCUUGUCUGGGGCCCCUCGCCCUGGCAGUCUGUGGCAUUGCGCCCCACCAGUCAUCUGCUGCCUUACCUCGAAAGACAUGAAGGCGAUGUCAAAGACCAGUACAUGCAGAGUCUAAUUUACAAGCGGUUGGGGCUGAUGGCGAAACUCCGUAAGGUGCCCAGGCCUAAGCGUCUUCGCGAAAACGAGUAG